AUGGUGAAGAUAUUGCUGGACCUGUUCAGCUUGCCACAUGCAGGAGAGCUCCUCACCGUGAAGUGCAACAUUCAGGUUUUGCAAGACAUACUUCCUGGCGACGAUGGCAAGCACUGCGAAUGCCAGGUAACACCUGGCACUCCCUUCUACCAAGGACUAAAUCCCAUGUGGCUGCUUCCAGAGGAAGCUGAUGCCGAGGGUGCUUCUUUGGUGGCUUCUUGCGAGCUAUUCGAGGAGGGCAAGGACGCGGGCACCUGGGGCCAGCGUCAGUGGCAAGCAGUCGCAGCGUUUUGCAAUGCCGAAUGGGCCGAGACUGAGGAGUCCCGUGCAGGAGACAAGCAGAUGAGCCUGGACACCAUGCGCAAGUUAAUGCGAGCCCGUGUUGAUCCUCGAUUCAAGGAAGUCUAUCGGACUUAUUUCGCUCAGUCUGGCGAGCAAAGGGGCUGGACGAAGCAGGCCUUUGUCAACUACUUCGCAAGCACUCCGUCCGGGAAGCACGCGAAGAUGACUGAAGAGCUUGUGCGAUCCGUCCACCGCUUUUCCACGGAGGUUAUUGUCGUCGUAAACUUUGGCAUGACAACGUCAUCAAAGUUAACGCCGCAGCGUUAUCCUCGCUUGGUGCUGCUGCAUGCGGACCCCAUGGACUCAUCAUUGAGGAGGAGCUUCAACUUCAACAAGCUUCGUGCCUUUCUUUUCGCGAGGGCUUUGGCAGGCGUUGGGUUAGAUUCCGAUCAGUUUGUGGCGCCUGGCGUGGACAGACUCUUCGAAAUGGCUGAGCGAGAGAUCACAGCGGACUAUCCUCUGGCAAUCAUGCCAGUACAUUUCCUGGAUCGAGGGCCCAAGGACUUGGGUAUCUGGUGGGACCGGUACUGUAUCGACGCCGUUUGCAGUCUGCAAACAUUGCGCCGCGUACUGAGCCUUCACAAUUUUGACAGACCGCAGAGCCCAAGGCCCGAUACAGUUUGA